AGGACAGGAUAAGACAAAUAAUUUAAAUAUUCAUUUGCAUCAAAUCUUAUGCAAGGAGAUGACAAGAAACCAUUUAAUGUCGUUUCAUAACGUUUAGCUAUGGCGCCCACGAAUUCAGUGAUCGUCUAAAUUUACAAGCUCUAUGCCGGCGGCGUUAAUGAUUUUUAAAGGAAAAAAAGUUUAUUACAAAUUCUAAAUCAAAUAUAAUAUUUUCCAUUCAUUAGAGUAUUAUACUUGAAAAAUGGACUUGGCUAGAAGUGCAUGGAGAAAAUCAAUUUAUAUAUAUAAAAGUAGUUUACAAAAUUCUUUAAGAAAUAGUGGUAGCACACCAUCAAAUAUAGCUGAGGUAGCUGUUUUUUCACGCGAUGGAGAUUCUGGAUUAACUGUUACGGAUGCAGGAGAUACAAAGCCAAAAGAUGAUAUGAUUUUCAAUGCUUUAGGAGCGACAGAUGAAUUGUCUUCUUAUAUUGGAUUAGCAAGAGAAUUUGCAUGCGAUGGUAAAGUUGAACAUCCUUAUGUGGAUAAACUUAAACGUGUGCAAAUGAUAUUAUUUGAUUUGAAUCAUGCUAUAUCCAAAUCAAUACCAGGGAAAACCAAAAUAUUUGAAAGUAAACAUACUAAAGAUCUUGAAGAAUGGAUUUUAGAAUAUGCAAAUCAAUUGCCCCCACCUGAAGACUAUAUUAUUCCUGGUGGUGGAAAGGCUUGUGCUUCUCUUCAUGUAGCACGAAAUGUAUGUAGACGAGCAGAGAGAAGUAUAACAUCUUUGGUGCGCAAUGGUGCUUUAGACAAAGAGGCACAAACAUAUUUAAAUAGAUUAUCAGAUUUUCUUUUAACCGUAUCACGUAUUGCUGCAAAAUGUGAUCAACGUACAGAAAACAUAUAUAUUCCUCGAGCAGAAGUACAAGAAGAAAAAUGAGGAACUGACCUGUAUAAAUAUAAGUAGAGACAGCGCGCUGAUAUCUUAUAUUACAGAUAGAUAGAUAUCGAAACUAUCUGCACAAAUGUAAGUGAUAGUAUCAAUGUCAUGCAUUAUGUAUUAACAAUCAAUUCGUUAAGCAUCUUAUAAAUAUAGAAGAUGUAUGUUCUUUAUACUUAAUAAUUAAUAUAUUGUAGAUGCAUUUGUUGUAGUAUGUUGAAAAAUAUACUUAUUUACAUAAAUUAGAACAUACUGAAACUAUUCCAAAGAAGAGUUUAUCAUUUGUUAUAAAAUUAUUCAAGCAUUUUUAUAGAAAUUGUGAAUUUAAGCAAUAUAAAUGGGGGAAUCCUUGUAUAAGGAUAUUGCAUUAAUUUGGGUAAUUUUACAGUUAUAAUCCCCAAAAGAGAGUAAGAUUUUUGAAAAAGUAUUUGUGCAAUUUGUACUACGUAAUAAAUGAGUCCAAUAAUGAAAUAGGAAUUGUACAUAGUAUUGAAUUUUUUUUAUUUAAUAAUUUAUCUUGUAUGUCUCUUGAAUUACAUAAAAUAUUUAUUAAAACAGAAUGAAAAAUCCCAAUAAUUUUGCAUGUAAAUAUAUAGAAUAUCUAUGUUUCUCUAAAUAAAUAUUUAGAUUAAUUAAGAAAAAUUAUUUGUAUAUGUAAUUGUAAAUAAUUUUAUUAACUAAAAAAUAUAAUAAAUACGUAAAAAGUUCUACGAAUUAUGAUAGCACCAGAACUCUUGUACAACAUAAGAUGUAACAUUUCUGUGCACUAUUUUCUAGAAACUUAAAACAAGAUGAAUUGAAUACAAUUAAACGUAUCUUUAA